CUCCCGGCUCCCCGCUCCCGGGGGCCGGGAAAGUGGAGGAAGGCCACAGCGAGAGGAGGAGGAGUCGGGGGGCAGCUGAAGAUGGGGAACACUACCUCGUGCUGCGUGUCGUCCAGCCCCAAGCUUAGGAGAAAUGCCCACUCUCGGCUUGAGUCCUAUCGGCCCGACACGGAUCUGAGCCGCGAGGACACGGGCUGCAACCUGCAGCACAUCAGCGACCGGGAGAACAUUGACGAUUUGAACAUGGAAUUCAAUCCUUCAGACCAUCCUCGGGCCAGCACAAUAUUCCUCAGUAAAUCUCAGACAGACGUGAGAGAAAAACGCAAGAGUCUCUUCAUUAACCAUCAUCCUCCAGGACAAAUAGCAAGGAAAUACAGCUCCUGCUCUACUAUUUUCCUAGAUGAUAGCACAGUCAGUCAACCAAACCUCAAGUAUACAAUUAAAUGUGUAGCUCUCGCAAUAUAUUAUCACAUCAAAAACAGGGACCCAGAUGGAAGGAUGCUUUUAGAUAUUUUUGAUGAAAACCUUCACCCUCUUUCGAAAUCCGAAGUGCCACCAGAUUAUGACAAACAUAACCCAGAGCAGAAACAGAUUUACCGGUUUGUUCGGACGCUGUUCAGUGCUGCCCAGUUGACAGCUGAAUGCGCCAUUGUCACCCUGGUAUACCUUGAAAGACUUUUGACGUAUGCAGAGAUAGAUAUCUGUCCAGCAAACUGGAAGAGAAUUGUACUCGGGGCCAUCCUGCUGGCCUCCAAAGUGUGGGAUGACCAGGCGGUCUGGAAUGUGGAUUACUGCCAGAUCCUGAAAGACAUCACGGUUGAAGACAUGAAUGAGCUAGAGCGACAGUUUCUUGAAUUGCUCCAGUUCAACAUCAAUGUUCCUUCCAGUGUUUAUGCCAAGUAUUAUUUUGAUCUCCGUUCUCUGGCAGAAGCAAACAACCUGAGCUUCCCCUUGGAGCCCCUCAGCAGGGAAAGGGCUCACAAGCUUGAGGCCAUCUCUCGGCUGUGUGAGGACAAAUACAAAGACUUGAGAAGACCCACGCGGAAGCGGUCAGCGAGUGCUGACAACCUGACUCUGACGAGGUGGUCCCCGGCUAUCAUCUCCUAAC